CACGUCAUGUUUGUUUCAUUUAGACAGGUUCCGGGGCAGACGUUGUUCUGAAGACAACAGAUCGUUUUGUGGAGAAGAUAUUGACAACAUCCAAAAAUGUCACUGCUGAGAUAUCAAAGUCUAAUUUAUAUUUAAAUAUGGCGUCUGUACAAUCAUGUAACGAAACUCUUUAUUUCCCUGAUCGCGGAAAAGAAGGUGUCUCAGAGUGGGCUAGAUCAAGGAAAGACGUUCUCGUAAUUGACUGUGACAGCACCGUUGAAUCCUUUAGUGGAAUCAUGUAUAGAAAUUUAUCACUGAUAAUACCAUCAUCAAGUAACAACACUAACAGCUCUAUGUCCGAAGGUCUUCAGCUAAAUGCCCCAGUCAUAUCAUUUACAUUUUACCCCAACAUUAAGCGACAACUUAUAAGCCCAGUGGAAAUUCAAUUUCAGUUGUAUAACAAUUUGUUGGAUAAUGCGAGGUGUUCUUUUUGGAAGGAGUCAAAAAGCGAAACAUCACAAGGCUACUGGUCAGAUGAGGGAUGUCGACUGAAAAAAUAUGACAAAGACGAAGGAGUUGUUAUGUGCAUUUGCGACCAUCUAACUAAUUUUGCUGUGCUUAUGAGUCCAUCCCUGAAACCGAUUGAGGACGGACAUAAGGAGGCACUGUCAAUCAUUUCCAUGAUAGGUUGCAUAGUUUCAAUGUUCUGUCUAGUACUGAAUGUAGCUAUUCACGCAUUCUUCUGGAGGUUUAUUAAAUCGGUGCGGUACAUCAUCCAUAUGAACUUAUCCUGUUGGUUAAUUAUUGCUUAUAUCCUGUUUCUUGUUGGGAUAAACAGAACAGAAAACAAGGCCGUUUGCACAGCAAUUGCGGUACUUCUCCACCUGGUGUUUUUGAUAGUUUUCUUCGGAAUGCUAGCGGAGGGAUGUAAUCUUUCAUAUACGGUUCUCGAACCACUAAGUACUAUAAAACCUGGGAUGCCACUAAUGAUAUGGUCUUAUGUCCUCGCAGUAAUAAUUGUUGUGAUAUCUAUGGGGUGUAUCACAGGCUACAGGGAUAUGGAAACGAACAGGCAUGCUGGGUUAUCGAUGAUACGGGAUUAUGAUAUGGGGCCUUUCUUUAGCUCCGGGUUCUUUGUUUUGUAA